AUGGCAGCCCCGACGUACAGGCUCAAUAAUGGCCUCGAAGUUCCUGCAAUCGCAUAUGGGACAUGGCAGUCUCCGCCUGAGGAACUCUCCAAAGCGGUCGAAUUUGCGAUCAAGGAGGCUGGAUAUCGGCAUAUCGACUGUGCAUGGGGGUACCGCAACGAGAAGGCUGUCGGGGAGGGAAUCAAGGCGUCAGGUGUCCCCCGCUCCGAGCUUUUUCUCACGAGCAAAGUGUGGGUCACAUACCACGCCCGGGUUGAGGAGUGCUUGGAUCAGACACUCGCCAACCUCGGCACUGACUAUCUUGACCUCUACCUCAUCCACUGGCCUGUGCCUCUGAACCCCAACGGAAACGACAUCUUCUACCCCACUCUCCCUGACGGUUCUCGUGAUGUCGACAACAGUGUCACGCUCGCAGAGACCUGGCGGCAGAUGGAGGAGAUGCAGCUCAAGGGCAAGGUCCGCGCCAUUGGUGUCUCAAACUUCUCCAAAAAGACGCUCGAGGAGAUUCUUCCUACGGCCCGGAUUGUCCCUGCCGUCAACCAGAUCGAGCUCCACCUGUACAACCCACAGCACGAGCUCAUCGAGUACCUCAAGGAGAAGAACAUCGUCCCUCAGGCGUACUCUCCCCUUGGCUCAACCAACUCUCCUCUCAUGAAGGAUGAGGUUGUUCUAGAACUCGCUAAGAAAUACAGCGUGUCCGCCGCCGACAUUCUUCUUGGCUAUCUUCUCGCCAAGGGUGUCAUCAUCCUUCCCAAGUCUGUGACGCCUCACCGGAUUGCCUCUAACAUUAAGGGUGCCAUCCGUGCCACGGAAGUCCUCAGCGAGGCCGAUAUCAAACGCCUCGAUAACCUUGCGCCUAGCGGCAAGCAGACACGCUUCUUCAUGCCUUCGUGGGGGCGGGAUCUUGGUUUCGACCACUGGCCCAAGAAGGACUGGUGA